AUGUCUCAGUCAGGGAAGAUUACUAUCUCCAUUGACCGUGGUGGUACAUUCACAGAUGUUCACGCCAUUGUUCCUGGUCGUUCAGAUAUUAUUUUGAAGCUUCUUUCAGUUGAUCCUUCCCAUUAUCAAGAUGCACCCACUGAAGGCAUCCGUCAGAUCCUAGAGCUGGUCACCGGGAACUCACAUCCCCGAGGUCAACCACUAAAGCUUGACCGCAUUGGCUGCCUUCGUAUGGGUACCACCGUUGCUACCAAUGCUUUACUAGAGCGCAAGGGUGCUCGUUCAGUACUACUUACAACAAAAGGGUUCCGGGACUUGCUAAAGAUCGGCGAUCAAUCUCGCCCCGCUAUCUUCGACUUGUCCAUGGCACGCCCAGGAGUACUUCCAGAAAGCGUUGUCGAAAUCAAUGAACGCGUGCUACCUUGCCAUCCUUCCUCCGAUAGCAGUUGCUACUCCGAUUGCCGAAUAGUAGAGGGAGUAACAGGCGAGAGAUUCCGUGUGGUGCAAGAGCUGGACCUUGCUCAGGUGCAAACAGAGCUCCAACAACUCAAAGAGCAGGGAUAUGAGUCUCUUUCCGUGGCAUUGCUACAUUCUUUCGCAUACCCCGACCAUGAGCGUCAAAUCGGCGAGCUUGCCCAGCGGAUGGGAUUCUCGGUCACCCUCUCUUCAAAACUCCAACCCAUGAUCAAAAUUGUGCCUCGUGGCAUGUCAGCUGCCGCUGAUGCUUAUCUCACACCUGUCAUUAAAACAUAUAUUGACUCCAUUUCUUCGAGCUUUGAGGGCGGCCUAGAGAGCCAACAGGACUGUCGAUUUGAGUUCAUGCAAUCUGACGGGGGACUCGUCGAUUUCCGCAAGUUCAGCGGACUGAAAGCAAUUCUCUCUGGCCCUGCAGCCGGCGUGGUUGGCUUUGCAGCCACCAGUUGGGAUCCUACCGAGAGGACACCUGUCAUCGGAUUUGACAUGGGUGGAACUAGUACAGAUGUUUCGCGAUACGACGGUCAUCUCGAGCAUGUAUUCGGAUCCAAGCUUGCCGGCGUUUUGAUCCAGUCCCCUCAGCUUGAUAUCAACACUGUUGCCGCGGGUGGUGGAUCCAUUCUCACUUGGCGCAACGGUUUGUUCUAUGUCGGACCUGAGUCUGCAAGCGCCCACCCUGGUCCAGCAUGCUAUCGCAAAGGAGGUCCUCUGACAGUGACAGAUGCCAAUUUGUUCCUUGGACGACUGUUGCCCGAGUAUUUCCCACAUAUAUUCGGUCCCAACGAGGACCAGCCUUUAGAUACAGAGACGACCGCACGGCUUUUCAAUGAGUUGACGCAAAAGAUCAACAUUGAACGCCGACAGCAUUAUCAGACCGAGUACUCCCCAGAGGAAGUCGCACUCGGUUUCCUGAAAGUCGCAGAUGAAUCAAUGGCCCGGCCAAUUCGUAACCUUACAGAGGCUCGGGGCUUUGAGACCGCGUCUCACCAUCUGGCAUGCUUUGGAGGUGCCGGUGGUCAGCACGCGUGCUCGGUGGCUGACUCUCUCGGAAUCUCACGCAUCAUUAUCCAUAAAUACUCUUCCGUUCUGUCAGCUUACGGUCUUGCACUGGCAGAGGUUGUCAAGGAGUCACAGGAACCAAUCUCAUCCGCCUAUCUGUCCUCUCACAGUGGUCUUCUUCAACGCUUUGAUGAAAUGGCAGCAUCAGCAACCAAGGAGAUGGAAGAGCAAGGUUUCCCUGCCACUCAAGUUCACCACGAACAAUAUUUGAACAUGCGCUACGAAGGUUCCGAUACCAGUUUGAUGAUCCUGAAGCCCGAAGACUCAGAAGAUUUCCUGGAAGAGUUCCGCAUUCGUCACCGUCGCGAGUUCAAUUUCAACUCCGAGCGCCCAGUUCUUGUUGAUGACAUUCGUGUGCGGACUAUUGCUUCGUCAAAGGUGCGCACAGAGGAGAGUCCUUUGGUUCAGCUGAAGGCAGCCAAUAUGCGAGAGGUCACCACGGCGCCAGCCAGCAAGAUUCUGGCUUAUUUCGAUGGCCAGUCGAGCCGCAUCGAUACGCCCGUUUAUUUGCUUGGUGAAUUGGAGAAGAAUUCUCGCAUUGCAGGCCCGGCUGUUAUCAUUGAUCAAACGCAAACAAUCGUCGUGGCUCCCAAUGCAGUGGCCAACCUUCUGGAUACUUGCAUUGUCAUCGAUCUCAAGGAGGAACCUGCCGUCUCUGCAGGAAAUUCCGUCUCGUCGGGUAUUGAUCCUAUCCGAUUGAGCAUUUUUGGACACCGGUUCAUGUCUAUUGCCGAACAAAUGGGCCGCACACUGCAAAAGACUUCUGUCUCAACUAACAUUAAGGAAAGACUGGAUUUCUCUUGUGCGCUGUUCUCCCCCGAUGGAGGGCUGGUCGCCAACGCACCACACGUGCCGGUUCAUCUCGGAUCCAUGCAGUUUGCUGUGCGUUAUCAGCAUGAAAAGUGGCUAGGCAACCUAAAGGACGGUGAUGUGCUGGUUGCCAACCACCCUAGCUGUGGAGGCACCCAUCUUCCCGAUAUCACAGUUAUCACCCCUGUCUUUGAUAGACCCGGUGGUUCCGAAAUCAUGUUUUACGUAGCCUCUCGUGGCCAUCAUGCUGACAUUGGUGGCAUUUUGCCUGGGUCGAUGCCUCCCAAAUCGACUGAACUAUGGCAAGAAGGCGCUGCCAUUGAAGGAGACAAGAUUGUCAGCGAUGGAAUCUUGGACGAGGCACGUUUGAUUGAGUUGUUGGUCACCAAGCCCUCCCAAUAUCCUGGCUGCGCUGGAGCUCGCUGCAUCAGUGACAAUCUUUCAGAUCUGAAGGCACAGAUUGCCGCCAACACUCGUGGAAUCAGUCUGAUCCAAACUCUCUUCAACGAAUACGGAACGCAGACAGUGCAACGGUACAUGUAUGCAAUUCAGGCAACUGCCGAGACUGCUGUCCGCAAUCUGCUCAAGGAGCUUUACCAAAAGUUCAAUGGUCAACCUCUUGAAUCCGUUGAUUACAUGGACGACGGCACUCCCAUUCGACUCAAGAUCACCAUAGACGGCAAUGAUGGAUCAGCUGUUUUCGAUUUUGAAGGCACAGGUCCUGAGGUCUAUGGUAGCUGGAACGCCCCCAUCGCCAUUACUCACUCGGCUAUCAUCUACUGUCUACGUUGCAUGAUCAAUGCCGAUGUACCUCUGAACCAAGGAUGUCUGGCGCCAAUUGAUAUCCGUGUCCCAUCGCCCAGCAUCCUGUCCCCAACCAAAACAGCUGCUGUCGUAGGUGGUAACGUUGUCACCUCGCAGCGUAUCACCGACGUUGUCUUCAAGGCCUUCCAAGCUUGCGCCGCCUCGCAAGGUUGUUGUAACAACCUGACCUUCGGCACUGACCCUAAGAUUGAUCCUUCUACCGGUGCUGUGAUUACCCCAGGAUUCGGAUACUAUGAAACGAUCGCCGGUGGCAGUGGCGCUGGACCAACUUGGAAGGGCGAGUCUGGAGUGCAAGUCCAUAUGACGAACACUCGAAUCACCGAUCCUGAAAUUUUGGAAAAGCGCUAUCCAGCCAUGCUACGCCAAUUUACAUUACGCGAGGGCUCUGGGGGCCAGGGCAAGAACCCCGGAGGGGAGGGAGUCAUUCGUGACAUUGAGUUCUUGUCACCUUUGCAAUGUUCAAUUUUGUCCGAGCGACGUGUGCAUCGGCCGUAUGGACUGGAGGGCGGCGAAAGCGCGCAGCCUGGGUUGAACCUCUGGAUCACGCGUGACGCGGAAACUGGCGAGGAGCGUUCUAUCAACAUUGGUGGCAAGAAUACCGUCUCGAUGAAAACUCAUGACCGAAUUGUGAUCAACACCGCAGGUGGUGGUGGUUGGGGCGCUGUAUGA